AUGGCUGAUACACUGCUUGUUACUGGAGCAAACGGCUAUGUGGCUCUUCACUUUAUCAAGGAAGCCAUUGCCCUGGGAUACAAAGUUGUAGGAACAGUUCGCUCUGUUGCGGCAGCCGACAAAAUCAGGGCAAUAUUUCCCGAUGUAUCCUCACAGCUACAAAUCGUCGAAGUUCACGAUAUUACCAAAGAGAACGACUUCGAAAAGGUCUUUGAGAAGUUCAAAAUCGAUGCUGUCAUCAACACAGCGUCACCGCUAGUGAACAACCCGAAAGACGUCAAGGCCGACGUCCUGGAUCCUGCGAUCAAGAGUGGCGUGGCACUUCUUGAGGCUUCAGCCAAAUAUGCCGGGCCACAGCUGAGACGUGUCAUCCAUGUUGGAUCCUUUGCGUCAACUCUCAACAUAUCGUUGGGCCUCGCUCCGGGGAAAACAUAUUCUCCUAGUGACUGGAAUCCACUUACCUAUGAGGAGGCUGCAAACGGUGGACAAACAACUGCGUACAUGGGAUCAAAGGCUUUGGCUGAAAAGCGUAUGUGGGAUUGGAUGAAAGAAAAUACACCCGCCUUCGAUAUGGUAUCGGUGGAUCCAGCGGCAAUCUUUGGACCGCACGUCGGACCAGUUGAUCUUGAUCAUUUGAACAUAUCAACCCAGAUGAUAUGGGAGCUCGUCGCCCCAUCGCCGCAUCCGCCGCCGUACAAUUCUGGCCACCUUGGAGUGUGGGUUGAUGUCCGCGACGUCUCAGCGGCUUUGCUUGCGGCUGUGAAAAUUCCAGAGGCAGGCGGUGAACGUUUCUUGGCUGCACAAAGAUGCCACUGGCAACUUGUGAGGGAUGAAGCAAGAAGGGUAUUACCUGAGUUACAGAACCGGAUUGAUGCAGGCGAGCCAGGUGCUUGGAAAGCUGCGCAAGCUACCACAUACAAUGUUGAUGGGAGUAAGGUGGAGAAAAUUUUGGGAGUGCGAUAUAGGUCUCUGGGAGAUUGUUUGAAGGAUUCUUUUGAACAGCUUCUAGAAGUUGAGAAACUGAAUAGCCGUGUAUAA